AAAAUUCAUUACAAAAACUGCUAACAUCUUUCAUAUAAAAUAUCCCAAUAAAGCUAAACCUAGUCCAAUUACUAUUAAAAAUCUUGUGAAUAAAUUUACUAGAUCAGGAAAUGUAGCAGAUGAUCAUUGUUCUGGCUGUUCAUUAAGUGCAACUAAUUAUGCUAAACAAGAGGCUACUAUUAAUGCUUUUUAA